AGUGCGGUGUGCGGGGCUGCGGGCUACGGCGUCCCGUCCCGUCUGCGUCGGCGCGCGGUCACGCUCAGCCACGGCCGCGGUCGGUUGCUGCGCGGGCUCCCUCCCUCGGCCUCCCGUACUCCCUGCGGCCGCCGUCGGCCGAUUUGUCACCGCUCCGCGCGCGGUCGUCUUCGCCCAUCCCCAUCCUGCGCAGAGCGCCGCAGCGGGGGAGCUACACCGCACGUGCUCGCCGGCGCCGGCUCGUGCGCGCUUGCGUUGCGCGCCCCGAAACUUCGGCCGGCCGGAGCAGCGCGCGACGGCGGCCAACUGCUGCCAGUCUGCAACUCUGAAUACACACACGCGCACGCACAUCCUGCCCGGGGGCCGGGGCCGGGGCCGCGCGUACAAAUAGCACCGUGCCCCCCUUCCAAUAAUCCAACGCGCAUCCACAACUCCACAAGAAUCUGUCGGCUGCCCUGCCCACCACCUCCACCACCUCACCAGCUAGCAAGCUCAUUGACAUCACCCAACCACAAGCUAGCUCCUCGCUGGUCCUCCUCGGCGACGAGCGAGAGAGGUCUCGCCUCGGCUCCCCAUGGCCGCCGAACCUGCGGACGCCGGGAGCAGCAAGCCGGGUUCCUCCAUGGCGGACGUGUACGAGCAGGGCGAGCUCACGCCGCUGCAGCGGCACGUCGCCUUCUUCGACCGCGACAAGGACGGCGUCAUCUACCCCUCCGAGACAUACGAAGGGUUCCGCGCGAUCGGGGCCGGCGUCCCGCUCUCCGCCUUCAGCGCCCUCUUCAUCAACGGCCUCCUUGGACCCAAGACCGUGCCGGAGAACGAGAAGGCUCCAGCGUUGAAGCUCCCCAUUUACGUGAAGAACAUCCAAAAGGGAAAGCACGGGAGCGACUCGGGCGUGUACGAUGCCAACGGAAGGUUUGUUCCUGAAAAGUUUGAGGAGAUCUUCAAGAAGCAUGCCCACACUAGGCCUGAUGCUUUGACAGGCAAAGAGCUGCAGGAGCUGCUAAAAGCAAACAGGGAGCCUAAGGACUUCAAAGGAUGGCUGGGUGGUUUCACUGAGUGGAAGGUGCUCUACUCCCUCUGCAAAGACGAAAAAGGGUUCCUUCACAAGGACACUGUCAGGGCAGUCUAUGAUGGCAGCCUAUUCGAAAGGUUGGAGAAGGAGAGGAAGUCUGAGGAGUCUACUAAUAAGAAAUGAUAAGAACAUCAUAUAUAAAGCUAUCGUGCAUGAAUUUGUAAAUUAUAUUAUGGCGUGUGUGGAUCAGUAAUUUUAUGUCCUAGUUUGUCAAUUCAUCUUUUAUAUAUGUAAUAACAAGAGCCUGUCCUCUCGUCUAAAUAUAUUGAAAGUAUUUUGUGGAUCUUUUGGGUUGA